AUAAAAGCCGCUCACUAAGCGCAGCCACACAGACAGUCACAGAAAGCCGAGGAGCAGGAGCUGCGCGAGGCUCCCUUAAAAAAAAAAAAAAAAUUUUUAUUUUUUUUUUAAGUUCGAAUUUUAAAGUUCCAAGUGACGGAUUUUUGUGUUGUGAAUCGAAAAAAUGAGACUUUCAACGACAGUGCUUGUGACGGCUCUGUGUAUAACAGUAGUCAAUUCUAUUCCAGUUCCUGAAAAGAAUGGCCUCGAGUCACAAGCUCUUGAUCGACUGGUGAUGGUCGAGGCAGAGAAAGACACGGCCCUCAGAAACAAAAGGACAAUAGGAAUAUUACGACAACUUUUUCCAGAAAUAUCUCAGGACGUAAAUCCAGAAGCCGAGAAUCGAGUGAGCGAAGCAGUGAGUUCGGAUGAUCAAGUACCAAAAGAAUCGUCAGCUUCCGAAUCGCAAAAUAACGAAAUUCGAGUUCAAUUUGCCGACGAGAAGCAAAAUGAAGCCGCUGAACAGGAACUUGCACCCCUAGACGAUAUUGAUGACAGUGACGAUGAAAAUCGAAACAAAAGGUUUCUAAAUUCAAACGGCUCAUCUGGGGGUGGAAGUGGCGCAGGAUCUGGAAACUUUCUUUUCGACAUUAUCAGGCAAGCAGCCGACGGGGCGGCAAGAGCGGCGGGCACAGUGUACCGCGUGGUUGCUGGUACACAAAGCCUCGGGUUGGGCCUAAGCGCAUCACGUGAUGUGGGCCCUGCUCCCCCACCCGCCGCCCCAGGUGCCCCCCCUGCGCCAGCUGCCCCAGCAGCCCCUGCGCCCGGAAACGCCACGAGACCAUCGUUGGUCGCCGGAAGUGGAAGUAGCAGUGGUCAAUCAGACCCAGCGGCUGGCGCUCCAUCGCCAGGAGGUGGACAGGAAGCUGUUCCCGGACCAAUCACGAGGCUUUUCGUUAUAGCAAAUCGAGGAAUUUCGAAUCUUAUUCAGGACCUUAUUCUCCGUUUGGCAGCGACAAGCGAACGAAUUGUCAACUUUAAGGCGCGAUUGAUCACUUCCAUCAUCUAGGACACGUCAAGAUUAGGAAGCUCAUAUCGUAAAAGUAGGAAAAUCUGAAAUUUGAUGAUGCUCCUUAGCCAUUUCUUUUUUUUUAAUUGAGAAUCAUCAAAGAAAAUUACUAAAACAAAUAAAUAUUUUUAAGAAUAAAAAGCAUUUUGUUGUUUUUUAUUCUUAAAAAUAUUCAAAUCAAGAACACGGUUGGUGAAUUAUUGGCGACAAUGCGAAAAAAAAGAAUCUUCACCACAAAUUAAUUAAAUUGUAUAUUAAAAUAGUGUAUUCUAAUUCCCAACCUCGAAAGUAUUUCGUCAAAACAGUCAAAUCACAAUUUUUUUUUUUUAUUUAAUUUCACUAUUUUUCUAUUUUUACUUCGACGAAACUUUCUUUUUCUAUUCUCUUUUGCUUGCAACUUGUAUUUACAAAAAAUGCAAGAGGGAAUUUUAAUCAUUUUUUAGAAAAUUGUACAUUAAAAAAUUUGUAAGCUAAAAAAAAAUUUUAAAAUCCAAACUAAAGAAAUGUUAAUUAGCUGAAAAUUUAAACAAAAGAAAAUGUUAAUUAGUUUAAAGUUGAAACGAAAAAAAUGUCCAAUUACUUUAAAAUUUAAACUAAAAAACUUUUAAAUUAUUGAAAAAUUUAAACUUAGUUUUUGAAACAAUUUUUUAUAACGAAAAUUGUAUUUUAAAUUCUAGAUUGAAUACAACUAAAAAUUCGCUUUUACUUUGGUCAUAGAAAAAGAGAAAAAAAAAUUGUUCAACAAAGAUUUGAAAAAUUGCGAAUAUUUUUAUUUUAAAUGAAAUAUGAAAUUGCUCAGAAGCUGUGCGUAAUAGUGUAGUCAUUUUUAAUUAAUAAUUUUCAUCAUCUGCGGGGUGUCCGACAUCUUUUUCACCUAAAAAAAAAAAUUUCGAUUCCCAUCGAAAAUGAAAAAGUAUGCUUAGACUAUGUGAUAGUUGUCGCGUUGUUCGUUGGUAAUUAACAGAAAUCUUUCUUCGAUUCUUUAGAAAAAAAUUUCUUUCUCCUCUUUCAAAACGAAAACAAAAUAAAAAAUGUUUGAUUCUUUUCUGCAAAAUUCUAUACGAAAAAAAUUAAUAAUUAUUCAAUAGUAAAAAUUGUAUAUAUACAUAUUAUUAAAAUACAAUUAUUGUUUAUUACUUUUCGUCAAAAAAAAAAACAAAAAAUCGAAAAAGGAUUUCUGUAAUGGCUAAAAAUCAGUCAGAAAGACGAAAAACUUGUAAAUAGUAUUUACUGCAAACAGUGCCAGGCAUUGAUUGUUUUUACCAUUUAUUAUUAUAUUAUAUAUAAAUAUACAUUAUAGAUUCCCAUUGUGACAUUUUUACAAUAAAAUCUUGUUAAAAAAGGCUGUAGAUAAAAAAAAAUCAGAAGAAAAUAAUACGGAUCAAAGGAGGCUCGGAAAUCCAUUGAGAAUAUUUAGUAGUUUAUUAUAAAUAAAAAAAUAAUAAUAAUCGAUUGAUGCCAAGGAAAAUAGAAAAUUGUCAGAAAAAAAAAUCAUAUCCUAAUUAUUUAGUUUUUGGGGAAAUUUUUCAAAGAAGGAAAUUUCGACAUCACUUCAAUUGUGUGAACUAUUUUUUAGUUUUUGUUCUAGUUAAGUUGACAGAAUUAUUUCCCAGUGUACAUGGUCUUUGUUAUUUUGUAGUGUAAAUAAAUAUUUACAUAAUAUUAUUAUUGUAAUAAAAUUGAA